CAUUCAUGUUCCAGUUAUAUUCUGGGUAGCAAAUGUAGCGACUCAUUUUGACAGGACUGCUUCUCGAUCAGGGCUUGAAAAUCAACAGAUUAGACUAAGGAAGGAAAUAAUAAACACUCAAGUGAUCAUUAUAAGGAUAUCGUGGUCUACCCUUGUAAAUGAUGGCGCAUUUUGCUGCCACACUUGGUGUUAUCAUUCUGUUGGUAUUCGUCAACCUCUCAGCAGCAAACAAGGACACCUGUGAAAUCUAUGCUGCUCUUGGGGAGAGUCUGACUCUGCCUUUUGUCUUUGAGGGACUGGCAAACUCACAUGUGCUGAAAUGGACUCAUAACAAUACAAUGAUUUUCUAUAAAGAGCGAGGCAGAGUGUCUGUUGGAAAGCCAGCGGACAUCACUGCUACCGGAUCUCUUUUGCUGAAGAACCUACAACUCUCAAGUGCAGGGACUUACCAAGCAAAGGUGCUGCAUCCCAAUGGUACACUGGCUGGAACCUGGACUGGUCAUCUCUGUAUGAUGGACAAGGUAGCAAAACCUCAACUCACUUAUAGCUGUGACUUCAAGUCUAGUGCUGUAAAUCUAAAUUGCAAAGUAGCUAAACCUCAGGGUUUGGUGUUCUCGUGGACACUCGAUGAAAAGACCUUAACAAGCGAAACAAGACAAACACUGAGCAUAUCACUGGCACAGCUCAAAGGGGAGAUGAGCUUCACGUGCACUGUAGCAAACAAAGUCAGCAAGGAGAAGAGUGACACUGUUAGUCCAACCUGUAAAAAUCCAUCACCAUCACCAUCACCACCAACUUUGCUUUGUUUUUCAUCCAAAGCUGUUAUCGCAGUGCUAGCAGUAGGAGAAGGUCUGAUUCUGCUUUUGCUCAUCAUUAUCAUCAUAUUAUGUUGCUGCCACAGACGCAGCAAAACCCAAUUGAGACUCAGGGAUAAAGAGGAUCUCAGGAUGCUUUCUCUAAGCAAACCAGAGCCUGACUCCAUCACCCAUCAGUAUGAGACUAUGCACCCGACUGAGGACUCUCCAACCCUGAGCCCGGAUCCUUCGACUAGAGCCUGUUAUGAGCAUGUUUCUCAGCCUGAAGCUCAGACUGAGAAGAAGCCUCCACAGCUAUCCACAGCUGCUGAGGGACUACAACCUUCACCGGUGCCGAAGCCGAGGACGAAGAGCCCCCAGACACCAAACAUCUGAAUUUGCCUCCCUCCCUUACCAUCCCAUGAACUAAGACAAAAAGACAACCGAACCAAAAUGAAGAAAAUGUCUUAUUUUUAUCCACAAUUUUAGCCUACACAUUCCUAAUCACUUUAAAAACUGUUUGGUGUACACCUAUACAGAUGCAGUCAAUUGACAAUAGAACUAUCUGUGUCUAGGAUCAGUGGGAUUAAUCAUGAUGUGCUGCGGGCCAGGUAAGGAACAAGGGCCAGGUAUCAACUUUAAAUGUGAGAUCAUGGCGUUUUGUUGUUAAUGUUUAAAAUUUAGCAGUUAUAGUGGUGGGGAUUAAGAGUUGGUGGGGAGUAUGAAGGAGGCGGUGCUCUCAUCCCUGGUACACAUGAUGAUAAAAGAAACCAUCCUCAAUGAAUUUUAAUAUUGAUGUAUCGUUCUAAUUUGUUAAUAUUACUGAUGGUCUUAUCUGUUUUAUUUAGAAUGUUUUAACUGCAGAACCGUUGUACCUUUGCGUUAUAAAUAAAGCAAUUUCCAGACAGGGAAAAACAGAGAUUUUUCCGUAAAACAGUUGAUAUAAUGGAUUAAAGGGUAAGGCAGGUGAUAUUCUAUAUUUUUCAUAAUGUCAACAAAUCACAUGAAAAGGCCAAAACCAACAAAGCAUUAUUCCAUCUUUCAAUACUUUCCAACUUCCUUAACCCUGUCUGUGGCCUUAAGCUCAUUGGCAUCAACCGAAGACAUAAUUCUUAAAAAAGAUACAUACAGAUGUUUAAAAAAGGCUAAAUAAUUGUAUAAAACAGCUGGACACUGUAGUUUUUAGCAAACGUUUCUCAAACAGUAAAUUGAGUAAAUUGUGUAUUUGUUGGGGACUAAUGCCAGCGGCGGAUCAAUACACAUUUGGUGCUCUAGCAGGUAUUUACAGCACCAGGACGAUGCGUGUGAGAUCGACUCAAAAUAAACUACAGUGGCCGUGUUCAUGGUAAUGAAGGAACAUGUCACCAAAUGGCAGUGUGGUUCACUGGUGUGUUUUUAAUAGUUUGGGGACAACGACGAACUUUACGUCACAGAGAAAUAAGUUAUAUCAGGCUUUGAAUACACAGACAAUACAUUAUAGCAUUGAUUCACUGUUGGUUUUCAUCUUUUCACAGACAUUUAUUGACAAUAAAAAAAAUAUAGAAUACUACCAGACUUUUCCUUUGUUUUUGUAAAUAUUAAUUGGUAUGGUACGAGAACUAUUGUAUCACAACAACUAUUGUAUCACAACAACGUCAAAAAGGACAAAAAUAUGAAUAUGAACUUGUUUUGACCUCUUUUGUCUGAGACACAACUUUUCACCAUGUGACUUAUUCUUCAUGUAAGCUUUUUAUUGAAUGAAGACUGUUUUUAGCAGCUCCAUUGAUAUUUGCAUACACUUUACACAGUAAUCUUUCGAGAUUAACAACUGGGUUUUCUGUAAUAUAUAGUUAUCACACUGUAUGUUUACAUAUAUGGUGUUUGAAAUAAAUAAGGUUGUCAAAAAUGA